AUGACAAAGCAGCUGCAAUCAGAAAUCCCGGGGAUGGAUGGAUGGAUACUGCAGCAUUCACAGGAGCAGCUGGAGUUUCAAUGCGGCACUCAGCCAGCACAAAGCGGCGCCGUCAGGGACCCAGGCCUGAGGGAGGCGGCACGAGCAGCUCAGGGGGAGGACUGGGAGGAAAAAUGGAAGAGCCCUAAAGAAAGAGGAGCUCUUUCGAUUGCGACACAGAAAUCUUUAGACAGAAAAAGGCAGAUUAAGGCUGCUGAAAUGGGAACAACCAGUAAAGAGAAGUCCCAUGUGAAACAAAAGGCUUCCUCUGCAACCAGAAUUCUUCAACCAAGCCAGGGGCAGAAUGCUCCAGCCCAAAGACUACUUCAUAGACAAGGAAUCCAGACUUCCAGGAAGGGUGUUGAACAGUAUAGACAAAGGUACCCAGAAAGCAGAUUUCGUAAGAAAGCUGUUCCAGGAGCAUGCCCAGGAAGAGUGCUGAAAACAAAAUCAAGCGUUACGACACUCUGAGGAAGCAGCAUUCAAUCGGAUGAACAAUGCUACAUAGCUGCUUCACCUUUAUGAAUUGAACAGCCUUUUCAAUUAAAAUCACUGCUUGUGUCUUGUUCAAUUAUGAUUAACAACUCUAAAACUUACAAAGUGGAAAAAUACAUUGAGAAACUCAUCAAAGUAAGAUUGCUAACAGCUGAGUAAUCUAGUUUUAUUUUCUUCCUGCACUGAUUUAUAAAGUCUUUAUGUACUUGAGAAGGCACUGUUAUUAAAAAAAAAAAUCAAGUAACAAUUCAUAUCCAACAUAUAUUUCAUAUUCGGUACUGUUGGCUGUGUUGCAAAAUGAUUCUCAAUUCUCGACUCAGUGUGUAAAACUGCUUUUACAGAGGCACUAUGUAUGUUUUCCCUCAUGGAACGUAUUAGUAUGUUUAAAUCUUACCAGUAAUAUGUGCAAAUAAAAUGCUUGUACUAACUACAUCUUAAAUUGUCAAAGCAUGCUGCAUCUUUUCAGUUUUUUUGAUAUUUUAGUUUCUUAAACAUUAUACUUUUCUGCCUUAACCAUUAAAAGGCCUUCAGUUCAACCCUUUUUACAGUGCAAAUGCUAACUUCUUGGUUAUAUAAAUCAUUUUGCAUUUGUUACAUUUUGUGCCAAUAUUUAUUUUUAUAAUGUUCCAGUUAUGUAUUUAUGUUGUACAUCUUGCAAAAUAAACCAU